AUGGUACUGUUUCGACUUGAUGGACAAGUGGCUAUAGUCACUGGCGCCACACUGGGUAUAGGACUUGCUUAUGCUGAAGGACUAGCAUCAGCUGGAAUCAGACAAUUGAUCUUAACAUAUCGGGCCCAAGCGACACUUGAAGCUGCAGUAGAGAAGAUAAAACAAUUCAAUCCCGAUGUCGUUAUUAGCUCAAUCUACGUUGACUUUCUCAAGAUGCCAGAAGACGAAAUUACUGACUUGGUCUACAAUGAAUCAUACCGCUUAUCUACCACGGGCGCAAUUGAUAUUUUGAUCAACAAUGCCGGGAUUAACGAACGACACGCCGUAGAGCAUUUCCCUCAGGACAAAUUCGACAAUGUAAUCAAAGUCGACCUCAACAUCCCCAUGAAACUAACGCGUCGUAUCGGUACGAGGAUGCUUGAGUUGGGCACGCGUGGCAAGAUUAUAAACACAUCAUCAGUGCUAAGUUUCCAAAGUGGCGUUUAUACUGCCGCGUACACAGUGGCUAAAGGCGGACUCAAGAAUUUCACACAAGCGGUGGCUAAUGAAUGGAGUGCUCGUGGUGUGCGUGUCAAUUGCUUGGCUCCGGGCUACGUGGCUACUAAUUUGACUGAUUCGAUGUCUAAGGAGAAUCGCGAGUUGGUUAGUCUGAGGAUUCCUAUGGGGCGGUGGGGCAAUUGUGAAGAGUUUAGAGGGCCCAUUGUGUUUUUGUGCAGUGAGGCGUCGAGCUAUAUGACGGGACUGACUAUGGUUGUUGAUGGUGGGUGGUUGGGACGGUGA